AUGUCUGCGAGAGAACACAAACGAGUGUACCAGGUAGGUGGGCAUUGGCCCCUCAUCCUCCCCGCAUUUUGUAGCCGAUCAUCUGACGUACCCAGGCUUGUGAGCCUUGCAGGGAGAAGAAGGUGCGAUGUGAGUUGGGAUCAGCCGAUUGUCCGAAUAAGCCACCUUGUGCGCGAUGCCGCAGAGAGGGCAAAAAAUGUUUUUUUGCCGCAUCGAGGAUAA